AUGCAACUAGAAGUGGAGGAUAUUGAAGAAGAACCUGUUCAGGAUUCUAUCAAUGAGUUGCUACAAAGGCAGUGCAAGCAACAACGUCACCGCCUGAAGCAAAUCUUUCUGAAGUGUCGAGAUGCAGAGGAAGCUCGAACAAAGAAACCUUCUGGAGUAAGCCAGCAGAAUUGGGAUAUUUUGGUCGACUAUUGGAGUGACGACAAAACUGUGCAUGUUGCUGAAGUGAAUACAGUGAAUCGACAAAAGAUCAAAGCAAUGCAUCGUCAAGGACGUAAAGCCUUUGUUGUGCUUCGAGAGGAAGUUAAGAAGACUGAAUUGAACGGCGAGGAGUGUGAUCGAAUCACUUUGUACAAAAGAGCUUAUUAUUCUGAAGCAAAAGGAUGGCAGAGUGAGCAUUCCGAGGCCAAUUAUAACAAGAUGCAGGAACUACAAGCCGAGGGGAAGAUGACAGUAGAUGAAAUAUGUAACACUGUUCUUGGUGAAAAACCGGGCUACAUAAGUGGUCUUGGUCAUGGUCCAAAACCGAUUGCUUCUUCAAAUUCAACAAACAGGAGGCUGGAAGCAGCUUUGAAGCAAGUUGAAACCGAGAAAAAUGGCUGGAAAUCUGAAUGUGUAAGUCUGAGGACAGAAGUUGGUUUGCUGAGAGAAGAAGUAUCUGGAAUGGGAAUCUUAAAGGCAGAGCUGGCUGACGUAAAAGAGUUACUCGGAGUGAUUCUUCGCGGACAGAAAGUUUGA